AUGAACGGAUCUCCCACUCCUAAGCGAUAUUCAUCCAAAUCUUCAAGACUUCACGACGACUACUACAAUAUUCCGUACCAAUAUUCCAAUCCAAAUCCAAUGAAUAGAGACUACAAUGACGUAGGGUCGCGCAUGAAUGCCGAUAAACUGGUGCCGGAGGAGUACAAACGGAAUACAGAAUUCAUCAACAAAGCUGUCCAGCAAAACAAGGAGCUGAAUUUCAAAUUGAGAGAAAAACAAAACGAAAUAUUCGAACUCAAGAAGAUAGCCGAAACACUGCGCUCAAAACUGGAGAAGUACGUCGACAUCACCAAAAAGCUUGAAGAUCAAAAUCUCAAUCUUCAGAUAAAGUUGAACGAUCUGGAAAAGAAACUUUCUGAUGCCAAUGCUGUCAUCAAGGAUAGGAGCUACUCUAAUGUCAAAGAGCCCGCGGUCGAUGAAAACUUUGUCUCGCAGGACUACGAUCAAAUAAACGUACCAAAAAACAGAGCACCAGGCGCAAGAAUUAAUCCUCGCCCGAACAACAAAGGGUCUAAUGGUUCAGAACAAGACAGCAGGCUAAAAGCAAUUGAAAAAACUCUUUCAGUUCUUACAAAUUAUGUCAUGAGGACAGAAGACAGUAAUAAUGAUAAAGCAUCACCUUUGCCUUCUCCUUUAAACACAAUAUCGCCGAUAAAUAAUCGUUUAAAUUUUCAAGAACCGAAAAAAUACAAUCCAAUACACAAUGUAAAUCCGUCUGAUGAUGAUAUUAUGAUGUAUGAGAGUGCGGAAUUGAAACGUGUCGAAGAAGAGAUAGAAGAGCUAAAAAGGAAGAUACUCGUUAGAAAAAAGCAUGAUUUGAGGAAAUUGUCUCUAAAUAAUCAGCUUCAAGAACUGCAAAGCAUGAUGGAUGGCAAUGAUAACUUAAAACUUGACAGUCUUUCGAAGCAUAAUCAUACUACGCAUCGUCAUUCUUCCCAGUCCCAUCGCGAUUACUCACCAUCCUCUGAUGCUUGCUUAGAGUGCUCUUCAAAUGAUUUGUUCGAGAAGAAUAAAACCAAGCCAGAAAAUAACACGUCAGAAACGUUCGCCACUCCAACACCUAAUAACCGAUAA